AUGCCGGACGACAAGGACGGUUCGCAGAAGGAUGGCGAGUCGCACCGUGACACCACCAUCGAGUUCCACUCGGAGAAGACGGACCGCAGCGAGACGAAGCAGCGCGGCGGCGCGAAGCGGGCCGAUGACUCUGAAGGCUCGGUGAAGUCGCAAAAAUCGCAAAAGUCGGAGAAAUCGGAGAAAUCGUCAAAGUCCGUGAAAUCCGUGAAGGAGGAGGCGAAAAAGAAGAAGAAGAAGCCGAAGGAGACCAAGGUGCCGAUUGAAGCCGAGAGGGCCGGAAAGCAAGCGGAGAAGGACAAGACGGCCGGCGAGCAGAACCUCGUCACGUACAUCGGCAUCGUCCUCUGUGCCCUCCUUGUUGUCGUGAUCAUCGUGGCCGCCCUCUACUGGUUCGUCGUCAGGGACUCGCACGAGGAGAAGGUGAGCUACCGUGACCGUGAGAAGACGCGCGCCGAGCAGUAUCAAGUUCCGGAGGGGGUGGAACUCGGCUACGAUGACGGCAAACCCCAUCCAUCCCAUAUUACGAGUCCCAAUCCUGGCGGGCCCACGAUAAACACUACC